AGAAAUGACUCUAAGCUUUUUUAUAAUUCAGAGCAACUUCCCUUAAGACAUAUUUACAUUUUAAAAUUAAUCGGUUUCUAUUUCAAAUCAGAACAGGUCCUGGCGGAUAAGAUUCACCACCAUGCUGCCCUCUGUUGUGUUUUGGGGACUUACAGUCCUUAUUGGCACUUCCAGGGGCUCCUACCCAUUCACCAAUUCCAUGAACCCUCACCCGCAUCCUCACCUGUACCACGGCUGCUACGGGGACAUCAUGACCAUGGAGACCUCAGGGGCCCCCUGUGACGUAGACAAUUUGAUUAACUGCGGGAUCCGUGGCUCUGAAAUGUUUGCUGAGAUGGAUUUGAAGGCCAUAAAGCCUUAUCAGACUCUGAUCAAGGAAGUGGGGCAGAGGCACUGCAUUGACCCUGCUAUUAUUGCAGCCAUCAUCUCCAGAGAAAGCCACGGGGGAGCUAUCCUGCAAGAAGGCUGGGACCACCGGGGACUUAAAUUUGGCCUGAUGCAGCUUGAUAAACAAAUUCACCGUCCUGUUGGUUCCUGGGACAGCAAAGAGCACCUUUUGCAAGGUGCUGGUAUUCUCACAGACAGAAUUAAGGCAAUCCAGAGAAAAUUCCCCAAGUGGAGUGCUGCUCAACACCUUCAAGGUGGUCUCUCUGCCUUUAAGUCAGGAAUUGAAACCAUUGUUACCCCUGCAGACAUAGACACUGACCUCACCAAUGAUCUUCUUGCCAGAGCUAAAUUCUACAGAAGACAUGGCUUCUAGGCAAAGCUCUGUAUGUGGGCCAUGUUGGUAGGAUACACAAAUACCCCCUCUUUAAGUUUGAUAUGAAUGUGUUGUACUUAA